AUGAAAAAUUUUCCAAGCGACGCUUCUCAAUCAUUCAUUGAGAAACCGUACGUAAUAAGGUUGUUCCAUUCAACAGAUUGUAACUACUAUCUACAAAGAUUCGCCAGCAACCAACACAAGCUAUACACAAUCAUGGCUCCUCCAAAGAAGAACACUGUCAAGUUAGACUUGAACACAUUUUUAAACGAUGAUACUUUCGGUUCCAAAUCAUGGGCUGAAGAAGAUGUCGAUUUAAACAAGAUUUCCAUCCCCAUUGAAAACGUCCCUGCUAACACUGUCCCUCUAGAAGAGAUUGCAGCUGCCGCCAGAAACCAAUCCGGUAGAGGUGGAUCCAGAUUGGAUCCUGCUUUGGCUGGAUCUAGUAGCGGUGGGAGAAGAGAUUUCCAAGAACGUGAAGAAUACCCAGUUCCUGAACAUCCACCUUUCAGAGCCAUUAUUAACAACAUCCCUUGGGAUAUCUCCCCUGAAGGUGUUAAGGCUUGGGUUCAAGAUGGGUUGAACAAUCAAGAGGCUGUUGAAGAUAUCGAUUUACCUGUCAGUAUGAAGGAUCCAUCUCGUUUAAAGGGUUUAGCUUUCGUCACUUUGAAAGAAAGAUCUGAUUUAGUAAAGGCUUUAACUUUCAAUGGUACCAAAUUAAACGAACGUACUGUUUAUGUUUCCGUAGCAGCUCCAAGAAGAGAUGGUUACAGAUCCGGUGGUGGUGACUUUGACUGGGGUGCCGCAAGAGGUUCCAAUUAUGAAGCUUCUGCUGAUAGAAAUGGUCCAGAAUUAGAAUGGGGUGCCGCUAGAGGUGCUAACUUCCAAGCCUCAAGACCAAGAAGAGAUGAUGGUCCUGAUUUAGAAUGGGGUGCCGCUAGAGGUUCUAAUUUCCAAGCUUCAAGACCACCAAGAGAAGAACCAAAUUUGGAUUGGGAUGCUGUUAGAGGCUCUAAUUUCCAAGCUUCAAGGCCACCAAGAGAAGAACCAAACUUAGACUGGGAUGCCGUUAGAGGUUCCAAUUUCAAAGCCAGUUCUUCCAGACCACCAAGAGAAGAAGCCAACUUAGACUGGGAUGGUGCUAGGGGUUCUAAUUUCAAAGCUCAACAGUCUCAAAGAAAACCACGUAACAAUGAUGAACCUGAACUAGACUGGGGUGCUGCCAGAGGAUCUAACUUUGGAAAGAAAACUACUUCUAAUACCCAAAAGACAACCACUUCCAGAUUUAACAGGACAGAAAAGACUGCUGAAGCUACCACUGAAGCUCCAAAGGUGCAAAAAUCUGCCUUUGAUGUUUUACGUACAGAGGAUGAUGAUGAAGAAGAGGAAGAAGAACAAGAACCAGUCAAGGAAGAAAAGAACAACACUUCAGAUGUUAACCAAUUGGCCAAAGAAACUGCCAAUCUAAAUGUCGCUGAUGAUAGCGAAUGGGAAGUUGUUGGUAAGAAAUAA